GCCACAUCACCGCCAUCAAACCGUCUGCGGGCACCCCUGCUGCACAUCAAGCACGACCCCGCGCCCUCCAGCACCAGCCUGUGUCCGCAUCGCACACCGACGCCGUGGUCAAACACUCUUUUGGCCGUCAUCCCUGAUUCCUCGUCAACAUGGUUGUUCUUGCUGCAUCGAUCUGCACCAAGUCGGGCAAAGCGAUUGUCUCUCGCCAGUUCAUCGAGAUGACUCGCUCCCGCAUCGAGGGCCUCCUCGCAUCGUUUCCAAAGCUGAUGGGCAACUCGGACCAGCACACUUUUGUUGAAACCGAGAAUGUGCGCUAUGUGUACCAGCCUCUCGAUGAUCUGUUCUUGGUUUUGGUGACCAACAAAAACUCCAAUAUCCUUCAAGACAUCGACACCCUGCACCUCUUUGCCCGUGUCGUCUCCGAGACCUGCCGCCAGUUCGACGAACGCGAGAUCCAGCGACACGCCUUUGAUCUGCUGUCUGUCUUUGACGAAGUCAUUGCUCUGGGAUACCGCGAGUCGGUGACUCUGCCGCAGAUCCGAACCAUCGUCGAGAUGGAAUCCCACGAGGAGCGCAUCCAGCUCGAGAUCGAAAAGAACAAGGAGAAGGAGGCCAAGGACGAGCUCAAGCGCAAGGCCAAGCAGAUCGAGAUGAUGAAGCGCGAGCAGAAGAAGAGCGGCUUCUCUGGCAGCAUCUCUGGCAUGUCGGGCUUUGGAAACAAGUUUGGCGGCAAUGGAAGCGGCGGAUAUGGUCCCAGCAGUGGCGGAUAUGGCCCGGGAAGCAUGGGCGGAUCCGGCGGAUCCGGUGGAUUCCGCACCCAGGGCUACCCCGACUCUGGCAGCAGCUAUGCCGAUGACCGCACCUACAGCUCCUCACCGAGCUUUGGCUCCUCAGCAACUCCCCAGCGCCCUUCAUCCGGAAAGGGAAUGCAGCUCGGCAAGAAGGCCAAGGACAUGUCGCUGCUGGAGGAGAUCAAGUCAGACGAAGGCAUCCAGGAGCUGUCUGGCACCGCCCAAGCUUCGGCCGUCGGACCUGCAGCAGGAGCUCAGUCGUCUGCCAGUCAAGAAAGUGUCCAUGUUUCUGUUACCGAAAAGAUUGCUGCUACGUUCAACCGCGACGGCGGGCUGCAGAACCUCGAGAUCAAGGGCGACAUGACGCUGAGAGUCUCAGACCCUGACUCGAGCCGCCUGCGCCUGAUCAUGCAGCUCAUGCCCGACAGCAGUGUCCAGUACAAGACGCACCCCAACGUCGACAAGAGCCUGUUCUCCUCGGACGCUGUGAUCGCCAUGAAGGAUCAAUCUCGGCCUUUCCCCACGAACACAUCUCUGGGUUUGCUGAAAUGGCGAUACGCUUCGCGAGACGACAGCCUGUGUCCGCUGCUGAUCACCUGCUGGCCAUCGCCUACGGGCCACGGUGCCUGCGACGUCAACAUUGAAUACGAGCUGCAAAACACCAACCUGGAGCUCCACGAUGUUGUGAUUUCGAUCCCGUAUCCUGGUGGCGCUCCCCCCAAGAUCGGCGAUCUCGAGGGCCACUACAACAUCAACCGAGCCGCGCACACCCUCGAGUGGCAGCUGCCGCUUGUGGAUCGCAGCAACGCCUCUGGCGUGCUCGAGUUCUCUGUCCAGAGCGAGGACGUCGAUGGCUUCUACCCCAUCAAGGUCAACUUCUUCAGCCCUCGACUGAUCUGCGCCGUUGCGGUUGCCGAUAUCCAGACCACGGACAGCGGAAGCCCGGUGCAGUUCUCCAAGGAGACAUCGCUGACCGUCGAAGACUACAGCGUCGUCUGAGCCCCCCCCCCGUUGGGUCGCUCUGUUCGGUCCUCCAUUCCGAGGCCCAACAACGACUGGUUGUUAGAUCUCUUGCGGCUCAAUACACACACCCUCUCAAUACAACAAGACUCUGAGAUCCAUCUGCGCGCUCGGCCUCUCGCAGUGCCAGGUGCAUCCCACCACGAUGUCGCACCAUCCUGCC